AAAAAAUUCAAAAAAAAAAAUAAAAAAAUAAAUUAAAAUAAAAAUUCGAAUUCACUUAAUUCCCUUCUCAAAAUUUUAAUAAAGUUUGAAACUUUAUUAUAUUUAUUUCGUAACUUUUCGUAAAAAACUUCUUUUAUACCUUAAUCAUAAUAUAUCAUGGCCACAAUCAUUCCUAGCGAAGAUCACUAUUAUGCAAUAAAUUAUACUCCUGUAGAUUUUAUCGAAGGUGUACCAGCGACAUAUUUUCUAUUCAGUUUACGUGAACAAGGAGAACUUCAUUUUAAUAAUUUUGAUACAGCUGAUGCUGAGCUUCGUGUUGAAGGACUUACUACUCCAUUCUGGGUACAUAAAGAUUAUUUAAUAUUGCAAUCUCCUUUUUUCCGUGAAAUAUUUAGGGAAGCUUCACAAUCCUCUGAUGACUCUUUAAUUGUUAUUAAUCUCCCUUCUCCUGAAACUUUUGCUCCUUUAUUGGAAUAUUUAUAUACUGGUAAUGAUGAAAAAUGGUACGAUACGAUGGAUAGGAAUAAUUAUUAUGAUGUUUGGUUGAAUGUUGACUUUUUGGGUCUUGGGAAAGAGGCUAGAGCUAUUUGUUUUGCUUAUUAUCAAAAUGAGAUUUUAGAAUCUGAAGAAACUUAGAUAAAAAUUACUAUAUAAAACUUUUGGCAAAAAAAAUUAUGAAUACUAAAAUUCGGCUUAUAAAUUUUUUAUUUCUUAAAAAAAAUCGUCAAUCGGCAAAACUCCUCGAAUUAAUUAACAAAAAAUUUUAACAAC